GUAUCGAGAGUUCAUGGGUUCGAAUUCUAAUUCCGCAACUAACCACUAACAAAUUCAGACUCUAAAAAAAAUAUAAAUUCAUGUGAAACUCUUAUAAACCAAGAAAAGUAUGGGCUCUCUGUUUGAUGAAACCCUUGUGUUUUUAAUCUAUAUAGCUAAAUACUUACACCGUGGAGUAGAGUAAAUAGCAAUCCAAAAGAAGGCUAUAUCUUGGUUACAGAUGUACCGUAAGAUAUGGUCAGAGAAGUGCAUGUCAACGUUUGGUUAGAAGAAAAAGAGAACCAAAUCAAAGCUUUACCUUCCCCAGCUGCAGAUUUGUCAGAUUUCGAAUGACACGACAGGGAAAUUUAUACUAUAUAUUUCUCGAGAGAUAGAGAUAAAUCAAGAAAAACCAAAAUGAAAAAAAAAAGGGUAAGUACUGUAGUAAGUAGCAGUAGAGUGUAAUAACACAGCUAUAUAGGCCUGUGAAAAUAUUAAUAAGUUUGCCUGAAGUCAGUCACUGCCUCUGGGUUGGCCUUUCAAAAUUUAGCUCAGAUAAAGCCAAUUUUGUAUAACCGUUGCCUCCACGCGUCACUUCUCUUCUUUAAUUCUAGCUUUGCUCCUCUUAAUUACUGUCUUAUCUUUGGAAUCAUCAUCAUUAUACUUUUUUUUUCGUUUUUUCCCCUCUGUUUCUUCCGGUCACCGAGAUAAAUGACGUCGCCGGCGACCAAUGACGUUGCUGUCGAUGAAGUUGACAAAAACAGCCGUUAUCCUGCUCCUCUUGCUUCCCAUAACGACGUUGUUAAAGACUCAACUGUUUUCUGGGACACUCUUCGACGGUUUCAUUCUGCUAUCAAUACCAAGUUUAUGGUUCCUGUGAUUGGAGGACGUGAGCUAGAUUUGCAUGUUUUGUAUGUAGAGGCUACAAGAAGAGGCGGGUAUGAGAAGGUUGUGGCAGAUAAAAAAUGGAGGGAAGUGGGUUCUGUUUUUAACUUCUCUCCAACUACUACAAGUGCUUCUUUUGUACUGCGAAGACAUUAUUUUGGCCUUCUGUAUCAUUAUGAACAAGUUUACUUCUUCAACGUUCAAGGUCCAUUAUGUUCACCAACAGCUGCAUCUCCUGUGAGCAACUCUUCAUCUAGACCUGAAUUAGCUCUUGUUGAAUAUUCCCCUCAAGUGGCCAAGAAUUGCCCUGAUAGUCGUAGCCAAGGUUCUUCAUCUUUUUCAGCUCUCGGAACAAUCGAGGGAAAAUUCGAUUGUGGUUAUAUUGUGUCGGUGCGAGUCGGUUCCGAGGUUCUCAACGGAUUACUUUAUCAUCCAGACCGGCCAAACCAAUCACCUCCUUCGAUAAACCAGUAUCCUGAUGAUGCUCUGGUUCCCUACAUUGACAAAGGCAGACGAGGCCGUCGUCGUCGGAGAAGUAGAAAAUCUGAGGACCCUAACUACCCAAAAGCCAAUAGAAGUGGCUAUAACUUUUUCUUUGCAGAAAAGCAUUAUAAGCUAAAAUCUCAGUAUCCAAAUAGAGAAAGAGAAUUUACCAAAAUUAUUGGUCAGUCAUGGAGCAAUCUUAGUGCAGAGGAGAGGAUGGUUUACCAGAAGAUUGGACUGAAAGACAAGGAGAGAUAUAAGAGAGAGUUGAAAGAGUACAAAGAGAAACUUCAGCUAAUGCAGAUUCAGAAUUAAUCUAGGCAAUUCAAGUCCACUCUAAUAACUAGCAUUGUAUAUAUGAUGAGAUUAAUUACUGUUUCUUCCUAACUUUCAAUACAGCAGCUCUAAUUGGUCCAAAGUCAAGCAAUGUACCUUGCAUGGAAAAGUGCUAAGAACAGUGUUUUACGAAUCAGACCCGAUUGUCUGCAAACUAGAAGUCAGUCAUGUCAA